UUUAUUUUAUUUUUCCCUUUUUUUACACCUAAUUGUUGUAUGGAUCCUGCUUCUUCAAAAACACUUCCUGCUCACAGUAGAUGGAAGCCAAGUACAUGGCGUUGGAUAUACGUGUCAACAUCUGUUGCGUUUGCUACCCUUGUUGUCUUCUUUGCCCUUUUGCCUACCACCUGGGGCAAUUUUUUUAAUGCACAUCCUAAGCGUGGAGAAAUGGGUCUAGGCCGAUUUAUUAUUAGGGGAACUCGUAUGAUCAAUGGAAAACACACGCCAUUUGCUUACCCAUGGCGCUUAAUCGAGCCGAAUCGAACAGGACGAGUUGUAGCGUGGGCUGCUUACUGUAUCCACCAAGCUGGACAAUGGUGGAUCUUGGCAAAGGCUCAGAAAUCGAAAGAUCAACAAGGAUGGAGUAAUUCAUAUCGAUGGUGGAAUUGGAGUAUGAUGUACCUGAAUGGUUUUAUGCUCCUAUUUAAAUUGGUUCACACACAUGUAUUUUACGAUGGUUUGGCGGCAGACGUGGCAGAAGGUACUGCGCAAGGUUCUGUAGUAGCAAUACUGGUUAUUGCUCUUAUCCUAGCUAUACCAGCACGUGGUAUCAUAUUUGGGCUGGGGCGUAAACCAAAGUCUGAAUUGAUUAAAGAUGUAAUCUGGUUUACCAAAAAAUACCAUGGCUACCUUGUAAGCUUUGGUACUGUGUAUAAUUUUCAUUACCAUCCCGCGGAAGGUACCAUGGGACACUAUCUCGGUUUUGUAUAUCAAGUCAUGCUUCUCUGGCAAUCUACCACAUUUUUACAUUCUAGUCAUCGUGACAAGUCGUGGGUGAUGAUGCUUGAACUAUGGGUUUUCUUUCAUGGGACGAUUACUGCGUUGUGCCAACCGGGAAAUUCCUGGCAAAUAUUUUCUUUUGGAUUUGUUGUAAUGUUCCUGGUAAACCAGAUCUACUUGACCCCUUUAGCAAAAUCGCCCGAGCGACUAGCAGUUGCAUAUGCUGUGUUUGCCAUUGUUAGCUUCCUUGCUUUCCGUAAUGACAAGAAGUAUUUCAAAAUGACAUUUAUUCCUGUGGCAGAAUAUGCGUGUUUGAUUUUCUGUAUCGUGGCUGGCAUGGCAACGUCUAGACUUGUCAGAUCAUUGGCUAUUCCUCAGUCAAUUUCUCCUGUGUUUGUCGGGGUAGUCUAUAUACUGGUAGGUGUAUUGCUGACUGUAGGAUUAGCCAAGGUAUUGGCAGGGGAUAUUCGCGUUUACGAUGACUAUUAAAUGUAAUAGCUAAAUAAAAAUAUUAAUAAAAAAACAUAAUCC